AUGGACGAAUUUAAUGAAUCAUUAGAAGAUUUAGAGGAAAAAAUAAAUGAGUAUAAUAAACAGCUAGCUUUAGUAAGAGAUGAAAUAAAAAAAUAUGAACAAAUUCAAAAUGAUCAAAAUGAAGAAAAUGAGCAAUUACAAAACCUGAAAAAGCUAGAAUGUGAUAUGAUAGAAGUUAUAAACUUAACCCGAGAUUUGAUUAAAUAUAAAAAAAAAAACGAAUCCGAUGAUGAAAUACCCGAUCAAAUAGCUGAAGAAGAUGAACAGCCAUUUUCAAAUGAAAAUGAAAAUGUUAUGAACGAGUCAGCAUUAUUAAUUGGAAGAACAUGCAGUUUUAUGUAUGAAAAUAAAAGAGUAUAUGGGUCAAUAGAAAAUGUAGUUAUUCAAAAUAACAUAGAACAACUAUUAGUUCAUAUAUUUGAAACAAAUCAGCAAGUGUUAGUACAUAAAAAUUAUGUACAACUAAAUGAAAUAUUGCACACAUUAUCGACAUCAGAAAAUAACCAAUAUCAGGCCUUAUAUAAAAAAGAUGGGCAAUGGUAUGAUUGUUUAGUAUCGAAAAGCAAAGGAGAUAGCUACCUGAUUACGUAUAUAGGUUAUAAUAAUAGUGAAUAUGUAAAAAAUGAUCAAAUACGAAUUAAGAAGAAAAAAAAAAUUAAAGAGGUGAUAACCCCAGCUGGUUAUAAAAUACCAGAAAAUUUAAUAGUUAAAGAAAAUGACUCAUUAAAAACAAAAAUAAAAAAAACAAAAAAAAGAAAUGCACUAAAAAAAAAACAAAAAAAUGAAUUAAUAAAUAAAGAAUUUGCAAAUAAAACACAACAAUGGAAAUCAGUCCAUCAAAAAGCUAUAAGCAAAAGUAAACACCUUUUAGUAGCUCAUAAAAAAACAGAAAAUAUAGAAUAUACUAAUAACCCUGCAAACAUAACCAUUAGAAGAAAAUUUGACUAUAAUGAUAAUGAAGAUUAA